AUGGUGGACGUUGCGGACCGAUCGUGGAACUUUUCUGUCCCGUCGGAAGGAGGAGAGCUGACCCUGCAGCUGCUGAACUUCACGCCGGAAACCCACCGUCCUGUUGUACCGGAUCUGUUUGAUGUCGGCUACUUCUUGGCCCACGGAGCGAUCUACUGGGCUGUGCGAAACGACUCCGGCAACCUGACGCCAGUAACUUCGCCAGUCGUGGGUGCAGGUGGCUUUGCAUUUCGAUAUGUGUAUCCACGUGGUUACACCAUUGCCUGGUACCUGUCCGCAGAGGACGAUUUGCCGUACUACCUGUACGACUCGAACAACCGUGGCUGGAACAACAGUGAUGUGCGGAUGAUGCAGCAGCCCGUGUUGGUCAAUGCACUGCCAGCGACUGCCUUCUGGGACAUCGAGUACAACAGCAGUUCAAUCAACAGUUCAAGCUACACCAACGGGACGAUUAAGAACAUUGCCACUGGGAACUACAUCGCUGGACCUGUUGCAAAGAUGGCAACUCAGGAUGCUUGGCACCGAGGCGACAAGGCUUGUGGAAACAGCUUCCUCACAGGGUUGCGGGUCGAUGCUGCAGGAAACCAGUAUUAUUCGUGUUUUGAAUGGGAGGGCUGGAGCGAUCCUUCAUGUGGGCAAUCAUCAAAAUUGUCAAAUUGUAUCAAUUACCCCAGCAGUACUGGUACAUCCGAUGGUGUGCUCAUCACUUGCAGCGCGUCAAUUUCGGAUGGGUAUCCACUAGGCGACCAUGCGUUGACACACAUCACGAACAUCAACUUCCCGGCCCGUGGUGACCAGGUGCAGGACGCCAACUACAACUACGGAUGUUGUACAGUUUGCUUGCGCGGGCUGCCACCAUAUGUUGCCGUCCUGAGUGACUACAAUGGCAACAGCGACCACAAGGAGUGGAAGACCUUGUCGAGACACUCCGCGAAAAACAGGGACAACAUCUACUGGGAGUACUCUUGCCACGACUACGGAAUCCUGCAAGGCGUUCAGUGGGGUAAGGAAUCCGGCUACGCGUAUUGUUUGAGAGCAGUGUUCUAUGGCCCGGACGUUUCGAGCAAACAGCUGACGGCGAGGAAUUUGCCGGCGGAUCCCAUCCAAGACAUGUACAGGGUGUGGUCCUUUCGUUUUCAUGUGCCGUGCAUUGGAGCGGCUUGCACGGAGGUGACCUGCACUUGUGACACCCCGCUGGCUGGCAUCAGAGGGGGCAAGAACUGCAUGACGUGCAGCAAUGGCACUACUCAUUGUUGUGGUGAUGGCUUGACAUGUGGGACGACGGAGGUCUUCGAUUUUGCAGAUGUGAAUAGUCAGGCUUGUACUGCUGAUGUGCUGUGCACAUGUGACACCCCACUGGCGACUGGCAACAGAGGGGGCAAGAACUGCAUGACGUGCAGCGAUGGCACUACUCCUUGUUGUGGUGAUGACUUGACAUGUGGGACGACGAAGGUCUUCGAUUUUGCAGAUGUGAACAGUCAGGCUUGCACUGCUGAUGUGCUGUGCACAUGUGACACCCCACGGGCUGGCAACAGACUGGGCAUGAACUGCAUGAAGUGCAGCGACUUCACUACUCCUUGUUGUGGUGAUGGCUUGACAUGUGGGACGACGGAGGUCUUCGAUUUUGCAGAUGUGAACAGUCAGGCUUGCACUGCUGAUGUGCUGUGCACAUGUGACACCCCACUGGCUGGCAACAGAGGAGGCAAGAACUGCAUGACGUGCAGCGAUGGCACUACUCCGUGUUGUGGUGAUGCCUUGACAUGUCGGACGACGAAGAUCUUCGAUUUUGCAGACGUCAACAGUCAGGCUUGCACUGCUGAUGUGCUGUGCACAUGUGACGCCCCACUGGCUGGCAUCAGAAAGGGCAAGAACUGCAUGACGUGCAGCGAUGGCACUAACCCUUGUUGUGGUGAUGGCUUGACAUGUGGGACGACGAAGGUCUUCGAUUAUGCAGAUGUGGAGAGCGCCGCAUGUGUCGCGGUCUCUCACGAGGACAGCCCUGAGAUCUUCGACGACUUCGUUGCCCUGGGCAGCUGUGAGGCUACUCUGACCAUCGAAUCCAAGUCCAACCAGCAGUUGGUGCCCAAUGCCACCGAUCUUUUGCUGGACGUUUGGCAGAAAGAAUACCUGAACACGGCGCAGAGGGCGAUGUACCAAUACGUGCAGCAGUACCAAGUGGUGACAGACAGCCGCGAUGGGACAUUGACUCUCUUUGCUUGUCAGCAACCUGCCAGUGGGAUACGCAGUCUAUGCGCUCAAGGGGCACCUGUCCUGCCAGAGGACUUGGCGGGCUUGUACAGCAAUGCUGCUUUGCUGAUGAUCGAGAAGAAAUGCCCGGUACUCCUGAACACAUCACUUUUUUUGUAUCCAUCUGUGGCGACGCCUGUGGAGCUGACCGGGAGCAGCUUUGCAGCCUUCAUGAGUCUCCUCAGCAGCUCGCCCUACAAGACGGUGCCGUUUGCCAACGCCACCGGGUGGCCCUUCUACUUCAAUGACACGCGUGGGCACAGGGCCGAGAAUGUGGGGUACCUUAGCAUCCCGGAGAACGGAGAUGCUUUUUGGGGCGUGGUCUGCCCAAAAGGCUCCGUGGUGUCGUCACAGGAGGACACCUUCCCUCACUGCCUGGACAUCGAUGCCGCGUCUUCCCAGGAGAUCCUGACGUCCUAUUCCGGGUCAGCGACUUGUCCUGACGGCUAUGCCGUCAGCGGAUGGUACAACUUGCCGGCCAUCAAGGUGAAGAAAAGCAACGGCAGUGCCGGAGGCCCACAAAAUUGGACUGCACUCCAGCUCUUUUGCCGAAGGACGUCGCGUAUCGACAUUUGCAGUGAACCAGCGAAGCCACAUUGCGGCUCGGGCCAUGUGGUCAACGCGGUCAGCUACGAUGCAAACAAGUUCAAUCUGGGCUGCUGUCAACUUAUGAAGUCAAUGGGAACUUGGCUGAUGCCUCUCGGACGAGCUGCCAAACCGUAUCUGGCCUUUGAGGGAUACUAUUGCCCGGUGCAGAUGGGCUCUGCAGGGGCCGCGCAUUACAAGAAGACCGCGAUAUUGGAAAUCGGUCAGCCGGGCAACUCCUCGGAUCUGAACUACUCUCUAGUUUGGGACAAGUUCAGCGGCGAUUGGCUCCUCCAUAACCUCACGGACCUUCAGUACCGACUCCACAGCGCUGCCCUCUCGCCUGUGCAGAUGUCCACCAGUGGCCCUUUCUCGGCUACGCAAAUCACACCCCUGCUAUCGGAGAGCACGGCCAAGGCGGAGAGCCCGAUCCCUUCGAGGGAGCCCACAUACCCAGAGCUGAAGAAGUUCUCGGCCGAGCAGCCGACGUAUGCGGAGUACUGCCAGUAUCUGGAGAACCCUAGGUUUUACGAUGGCGAGCUCGACGAGUCGAACCCGUGCUAUCACACUUUCAAUGCAGAGAUGGUGCAGGGCCUUGAAGCGACGAAAGGAAUCACAGAGGAAAGCUUCUGGUCAUGUAGCGGCCGCUCCAAGGUGCGCUCGCACAUGCUGAGCAAUGCCCAGUACCUCACGGACAAGGAUGCAGACGAGUUGUCGACCGAGCAAGAAAAGAGCGCAGUGAAGGAAGCUAGAUUGGAGGAGGCUGCCGCCGUCGCAGGAUCUAUUCCUUGGGGAAGCAUGUCGGAUGCCCUCAUAUAUGGGGUAAUUGGCAGGCAAACCGAAAUCAAAGUGACGAAAAAGACGCGCCACAAUGACCAUGACUAUUAUCAUGUGAAGGAGUAUGUAUAUGAGAGCGAGGAGUUUGGCAAGGGGCCACACGAAUGGUCAACGAGGCUGGAUUGGGUCGGCGCCCAGUUCGAGGAUGGGAUCAGCGCUGGGAGCGCUGCGAAAAGCCGCUCCACAGCAGAAAACACGCUCGAGAAGGACGACAGCGGCAGCAGGGAAAGCGCCAGCUUGCCGCAGACGGAUGAGGAACUGGCAGAGAAGAUUACCAAUGAGACGCUGCCGGAGUUCGAAACAGGGCAGACCAUUUACGAGUACAAGCAGGCUCUUGCUAACGCGACCUGGAAGGAUUGCAUGCCUCUGCAGUAUGGGCUGUCGAAGGUGAUGUGUGACCUUUACUGCCUGCGGGACUCCGUGCAAGCUGGUACUUCAACCAUCCUGAAGAGCCUCGAGGGCUUGCAGACCAACCUCAUGUACAAUCUCCAGGCUUUGCUCGACUACCAGACUCAGUACAUCCUCUGGGCACUCGGCACUGUGCUCACCUCGGCUCCGACAGCCGAGGAUGUUGACAUUGUCGAAAAGCGCAGCGAUGUACCGGAGGCUAGCACGUUGCUUUCAGAGCUGGAGCAGAUCGACUUCGACCAGAUCAAGGCGACAGUCCCCAGGCUAUCCCGCGACAUCCUCCAGUGGCACCAAGCAGCAGGGCAGGAUUUGCACAAGCGCCUUGCGUCCCUGACCAUGAAUGUGUCCAAAGAGAGCUGGCCCCAUCGGGUGAAGGCCGCGCGUGGCAUGCUGCACCACUUUCAGGCAAGUUUCCAUCGGCGCCUCCAGAUGGGAGCCAGGGAGCCGCCGAUAGUCGACAAGAUCCGCUUGCUUCGCGAGGGUACAGCGCAGCACCACAAGUUGGUCAACAAG